AUGGCCGCUACUCAGCAGUCGAACACUCAGAAGAGCGUCAUGUAUCGCAUACCGUCCGAGCGCACUCGUAAGUUCCCUUUUUUGAGUCGAUUUUUCAUUGAAAACCAACCCGUAUUGCGUCUUUAAAAUUGGGCUACAGUGACCAAGUUUAAAGGCGCAGCACACUGGUUUUCGAGAGGAUUUGCAUCGAUUUUUUGGUUGAAAACCGAGCUGCGCCUCAACCGAGUUUAAAGGCGCAUGGUGUACAUACAAAACCGUUUUUCAGUGGAUCACCUGCACGAGAUGAUCGGGUCCCGAAUGUCGAAAAUGUCGCUGAAAAGCACGCUACGCGGCAUUUCGAAUCCGUACGAGCGUGACGAAAACGAGGGAAGCGAUGACAAAGUGUUCGAUCUGUUCAAGAUUCCGAACAAGAACGAGGCGUCGAUCGGAAAACUGCUCACUGUGCUCCGUCAACUGGGACUCCGCGACGACGAUCCGCGCCUAGUUCCGAUGAUGGAAAAGAUUCGGGAAUUUGAGAAUAUCGCCGAGGAGAAGUGCAGCGAGGCGACGGAGCAAAAGCACUGGAAGCUGAGCAAGCAGCAGUUCAAAGAGUGCAUCGCGCCGAGCAUCGACAUUGUCUCGCGCGCCCUGCAGACCGACCUGGUCAUUCCGAACUGGCUGGCGUUUGUGGAGAAGAUGAGGAAUCUGUUCAACGAGUGCAAAGAGAUCCGCGACGGUCAGGUGGCCACCUACAUUCCUCAGUUGGCCAGGCAGUCUCCCGAUCUGUGGGCCGUCUCGUUGUGCACCGUCGACGGACAGAGGGUACGUUUCGAUCUUUCCCUCACAACAACAACACCGAAGAUCACAUUUUGGUCGUCUCUCUCUCUCUCUCUCUCUCUCUGUCUCGGUUGUUAAAUACGACACACUUUUAUGAUAGUGCUGGUUGGAAAGAAUUUUGGUCUCCAACGUCAUCUGAUUGGCGGAAUCGCCACGAAACACUGUUCAACUUACAGGCGUCUUUCGGAGACGUCAAGCACCAUUUCUGUGUGCAGUCCGUCUCGAAGGCCUUCAACUAUGCGAUCGUCGCUUCUGACCUCGGCGCAGACGUCGUUCAUUCUUAUGUGGGACAAGAGCCCAGCGGACGACUUUUCAACGAGAUCUGCUUGGAUUCCAAAAGUACACUCAUUUCAUAACCUUCCAGAAUGAUCUCAAAGUUUCAGACAAACCACACAAUCCGAUGGUGAACUCGGGAGCGAUAGUGAUAACUUCGUUGAUAAAAAACAAGGACAACAUGGCGGAUCGGUUCGAUUACGUGCUGAACCAGUACAGAAAGAUUGCCGGAAACGAGUACAUCGGCUUCAACAAUGCCACGUUUCUUUCGGAACGAUCCACCGCCGAUCGGAACUACGCUCUUUCGUACUUUAUGAAGGAGAACCGAUGCUUUCCAAGAGAGGUAAAUAGUUUGCAAUCAGUAAGUUUCUAGUCAAACUGCUUCUCUACAGACCGAAUCCCUGACGGACGCCCUUGAUUUCUACUUCCAACUGUGUUCCGUGGAGGUGACGUGUGAGUCGCUGGCCGUGAUGGCGUCCACACUUGCGAACGGAGGUGUGUGCCCGAUCACCAACGAGACUUGCGUCGAUCCGAAUCCGUGCAGAGACGUGCUAUCGCUCAUGUACUCGUGCGGAAUGUACGACGCUUCCGGACAGUUCUCGUUUAACGUGAGUCACUGAUGUCCGACUGGUUGCAAUCAGGAGACGAUAGUUGUUUAGGUCGGACUGCCGGCCAAGUCGGGCGUGAGUGGAGCGAUGAUAGUGGUCGUGCCGAAUGUGAUGGGCAUCUGUCUGUUCUCGCCGCCACUGGAUUCGCUGGGCAACAGUCGCCGAGGAGUUUCGUUCUGCAAGAAGUUGGUCAACACGUUCAACUUCCACAACUACGAUUGUCUUGUACACAACGCAAACAGCAAAGCGGAUCCGAGAAGGUCAGCUUGUACACAUAAAAUAUCAGUACACUUUCACAGAGAAGCUCAACUUUUCUUGAAAAGAAGACCAUUCGAGCAUUAAGUUGCAUUAAGUUAUCUUCAGAAACCUUUCGAUGCUAGCUAGCACGUGUUCAUAACUGCUCACUUUCCAGAAGAGACAUCCGCGAACGGGACUAUCUGAUUCCGGUGUUCCAUGUGGCACGCGGCGGCGAUCUGCCCACCAUGCGCCGUCUUUACAUGCAGGGCGAGGACCUGAACGCGUCAGAUCACGACGAUCGGACAGUGCUGCACAUCGCCGCCACCGAGGGAUACGAGACGAUGAUCAAGUUCCUCGUGAACGUGGCCAAAGUCGACGUGGACAAGAAGGACCGCUGGGGACGGACGCCGCUAGACGAGGCGAAGCACUUCAAGCACGACCACGUGGCACGGUUUCUCGAGAAGGCGAUGAAGCGGCCCGAGCACCGGCGCCACGAUUCGGUCUCUUCGUUGGACUCGGACGACGAGAUGGACGACGACGGUUUUCCAGAGAAGCCCACGUUUAGCAUCGAAUAG